AUGACAAGAGCAGAGCGAGAGUUACGAGCGCGGGGUACAGUACACAGAGCAAUACCAGAGAUACUACGAUCAAGUCCACGAGCGAAACAUGGCAUAUCGCAAGCAGACCUCAUUGUCGAUCCGCAACCGGGGAUCAAGACACCUACUGGUCCUGCUGCUUCAGCCUUCCGCGACGACCUUGCGAUUCGCGUGAUCGGUAGAGACACUCUGCAAGUAGCUGCACAUCUUUCGGAACGACCGUAUGCAUCGAAACGAACGACGGAUGGCCGCAAAGCGUCAGACGAGCGUCCAAAUGUCACCAUACACAACAUGGCCUCGCUGACUCGACCCGGUGGAGCGUUCAUAACCGGAGGAAACAGCCAAGAAGAGUUCCUUUGUGCCCGUACGACCUUGUAUGCCUCAUUGUUUGACGACUUUUACGCACUGCCCGAUAUAGGCGGCAUAUUCACACCCGACGUUCUGGUGUUUCGAGAUUUUGAUGGAAUGGAACUCCCGAAACGUUCCAGGUACUUCAUCAAUGUCAUUUCUGCGGGUGUUUCACGGCAUCCGGAGAAUCGAGGUCGGUACGAUGGGCGGGAAGAGAGUUGUUCGUGUGGCGUGAGUUAUUGCGACCGGGAUCGUGACAUCAUGACCCGGAAAAUGAAAGCCGUGUUGCGAAUCGCGCAGUCAAAUGGUACAAGGCAACUCGUUCUGGGUGCCUGGGGAUGUGGUGGUCUGAAGCAUCCAGUGAAGGAAGUCGCGAAGUUAUGGCGAAAAGUGAUUGCGGGAAGUCCACGGCAGAGGCGGCCAAACGCAGAGCAAUGGGACGGCAUCGAUGAGGUGAUAUUCGCGAUCCCGGAUCCAACUCAUGCGAGAGAAUUCCGUCAUGUCUUUGACGAUAUCCUCGCCGACGACUUCGUCGCAACUUCUGGCUCUUCGACCGGUGGCGGCGUGGAAGCAGAUGACGCCGAGAUCCAGCGUCUGAUCGGGACCGCAAGCUCGUUGGAGUUGCAGAUCGAGACCGCGCAGAGCUCUUUCUUGAAGGGCAGGUUCAAAGACGAGCUUCGAGAAGUGAACCACCAAAUAGCUCUAGGCCGAGCUGCGAAAGCUGCCAAAGAAGAUGAUGUGACGACCGAAGAGGACGAGGACCUUGAGGACGACUAUGUUGUUACUGGAUUUCCCGGGUCGGAUGGUGAAGACAACAGCUUUUACCGCGUCGGUGGCACCGAGUCGGACUCAGAUUCAGAAGGCGCCGGCUCCGAGGUGUAUGAGUUCCGCUUUGGUGGGCCCACGGGUGAUUCGCAGACGUCCCAAGAUGAGCUCGAUGAGCUCGAAGAGGGCAUUGGGUGGGGUGGCUAUUCAUCUUCGCCAAAGUUCAACGCACAGACAGGAUGGUUCCAAGGAAGCAUCGAUCAGCUGAGUGCCCACGUUCUCGGCGGCAACAAGAUGGGCAGCGCGAGUCCGAGAAGCCCAGUACUCGCAGGGCUCGACUCGGAUGCCCCGAAGACUGACGUUGCUGUGGAUGGCUUCCUGGCGAGGUUUCGGCGAAGUGAUGUCGACGAUCAGAGCUGA